UCGGUCGAGUUAAAAAAAAUUUAUAAAUAAAUAAAUACAUUCGGUUUACAAGGGUGAAGACUUCACAAGUAAGGGGCUGUUGUGACUAUGGAAAGAACUGUUAAUUCUCCGGUUUUGAAACGCUUAUCUUUUAAAUCAAGUUCGGGUGAAAGCUUAACUCCAGAAACUAAUAAGAAGCCAAGAAUCGAUUUAAGCGAUAAAAAGGUAUCUAAAAGUAAGAAAAAACCCGUAAAGAGCAAAAAGAGAAAAAAAGAGAAAGAGAAGCGUAAGAAACCCUUGGAACAUCAAGAAGUUUCUUCUAAACGAGAUACCUUUGAAUUAUCUAACAGUAACUUUGACACAGAGGCUGAAGGCGAAGUAAGGCAACUACCUUUGGUUAAAGAAAGACAAGAAUGGAUGCUUGACAGUAUGCCACCUCCAAGACGGGGUUGCCUCCCUUUCACCAGCAAUAGAAAUCCAGAAGAAUUUGGGCCUCAAACAAUUGAACACUACACUUUCGGAGGUGCUUCAGCUGAAGAGGAACCAUCUAUUAAUUCAACUUUUGAACCUGAUCGUUUCAACAUCACUGACCGUCUUAUGAAUUCGUUGAACGAGAACAACCAAAAACUUGACUCUCCGCCUGAUAUAAGCAGUCUACAGAGUCACAAUACCGAAAUUGCAUCGGAAAGUCCACGAGACUCGGAAAAACAUCUGAAUUUUUCGAGCUUGAACUUGAAUCAGUUGAACGCGCUGCUUAUCAAAGCCGAAAUGCAGCAGGAUACCAGCUCCGUAAACAAACUACGCCAACAAAUAGAUGAAGUGAAGAAAAUAAACAACCAUUUAAAUGCAUCAUACUAUAGCAAUCCACCAACUACUUCGGUUAAUGCUGCUGAGAAUGAAUCUCUCUCUAACUUGGUCAAGCAAGAAAAAAUCAAGAAUGGCUACGACUACGACGGAGAGCUAGUGUAUAAUGUUGGAAAUAUCAAUGAUUCCUACGAUUGCGAUGUCUUCAUUUCCAUGCAAAAGAAGCACUUAUUAAAGAGGGCAAUAUCAGAUUAUAAAAAGACAGAAAAAAUUAUUGAUGGGAAAUGCAAGUUUUGUUGUUGCGGCUCAAACUUUCCCCACCACUCCGUUAUUUCUUUUGGAAUACACUUUUACUUGUGCGUCCCGAAUCACGUGGGCCUUGUUUCUGGCCACUGUCUUCUGGUGCCGGUGGACCACGUGCCUGCUGUGCGCGAUCUGGAUUCCCUCGCACAAAAUGAAUUAAGGAUCUGGAAAAAGUAUAUAACGAAAGCAUUUGUCAGUCAAGAGCAACUUCCUAUAUUCUUUGAGACAGCAAUUAACUUAAAAUACAAGCGACACGCAUUUAUCGAGGUCAUUCCGUUGCCCAACAACGAAAUCGGCUCGCAGGCUUCUAUAUAUUUCCAGAAAGCCCUGCAAGAGGCGGGCUCCGACUGGGCCCAACACAGGAAGCUUCUUAAGACAUCUCCCAACUUUCCCGUUCGCAGCGCUAUACCUUCUGGAUUCCCUUACUUUCACGUGGAGUUUGCCUCCGGCAGCGGCUUUGCUCGCGUUAUAGAUACUGAAAAAAAGUUUUCAGUAUUUUUUGGUAAGGAAGUAGUCGGUGGCCUCUUGGAUUUGACUCCGAACUUGUGGAGGCAUCCGCCAUCGCAAACAUUUGCCGAACUGAAUUCGAAAGUUACUGAAUUUAAAAACUUUUGGGAUCCCUACAACUGGACCAAAACUCUUUCAGAAAGUUAACGUUUCUGCC